GAAUUGUUCGAUUCACUACAUUUACCCAUUCAUCCUGACAUUGCAAUCUUUUUAAAAAAGCAUAGCGUAUCUGUUGUUACUAAUGUCACCCGUUUGCAAAGUCUUACGAGCGCAACAUGUGGCUUGUACUGUGUCUAUCACGGGGCGGAGAGGAGCGAGGGCCGCUCUUUCGAGCAGCUGUUGAAUAAAUUUACUCGCUCAACGGUCAAAAAUGACCAUAUGGUGGAAUGCUACUUCAUGACGAGACUAGCGUUUCUUUCCCUAUUCUCCCCUCCCCUGCCAAAUUUUGGCGCAGCCAUGCGCGACGCAUGCGCUGGUGUUUACGGUGGCUCGGAUCGGCAAACGAAACCAGUACCUUCCAGGACGGCAAGCACGAAGCAUGCUCGGACAAAACCAUCCCAUGGUGUGCGAAUUGGCGGGAGAAAACUAUUUCCUAAGUCCAAUGUCGCUCAGUGAUAUGGCCAACGUUGAUGUGAGCUGCUUUCAAACUUAUGGAGCAGGCGAGCAUCAGCAACACCAGCCCCUGGUUGAAGUCAACCCUGAAAAUCAAAUAGUCGUUGGUGCUGCAACCGACAUCGAGAAGGUUGCCGCUCCGAGACGAGGCCGCCCCCCGGGCCGCCCGCGGAAAAGUGGACCAGAACAAAAAGGUGAGAUUAUUCUGAACAUUACUAAGUUACUAUAA